AUGGGGACAUAUGCUUCGCAGUCUUCGUCAGACUUAAUUUCCAAGAAAGGAACGCGGAUGACAAAGGCGGAGGCUCUCAAACUUAUUGGUACCUUCGAAUCGAUGGACAUAUUACAGUGGGAAGACGACGAGAUUUCAAUGAAAAAUGCUGCGCAGAAUUCUUGUCUUCGUUAUGAUGAGCUUUGUGGCGAUGAAAAAAAAUUUUUUCCUGAUGUUAUGGCAUCUCGCGAAAUGAUUUUGCUUUAUUUGUUCAUCAGGAACAAAGCGCUGCAGUUAUGGCAGAUUAAUCCCUUAGUAGAGCUUUCUCCGGAAGGUAUUUUCGAGCAUUUGCCACCUCCAUAUGAUUGUGAUUACGACUUGACUUUGCGUAUACAUUUGUUCCUGAAAAGAUAUGGUUACGUAAAUCAUGGCGUUUUUAGUUUUGACAAAGGUUUACUGAAAAGAUCGUCUAAGCGAGUUCUUGUAAUUGGAGCUGGUAUAGCCGGUAUUGCUGCAGCGAGACAGCUGCGAUAUUUCGGAAUUGAAACCAGAAUUCUUGAAGCCAGAGGAAGGAUCGGAGGACGCAUAUCAACUUACAAAAAGCCAGAUACUGAUGCAGUUGCCGAGCUCGGCGGCAUGUUUAUUAUGGGCACAUGUGGCAAUCCAUUAACUACACUCUUGAGCCAGGUUAAAGUGACGCCUAGAGAUUUCAAAGCGAAUUUUGUACCAGUAUAUGACCCUAAAGAAGGAUUGACCUGUCGGAAGGAGGGACAUAAAGGACUGUCAUUGCAAUAUGAAACUGUAGACACGCUUUUCUUUCAAACUUUGAAUGAUAGGCAAGAAGAUUACGAUCUACAGCAAAAGCGCCGAGAACUGUGUGAGUUAGAACUAGAUUAUUUACAACAAAUGAGGACGAACGAAGAAGCAAUGGUCAUUUUGAAAGAAGCUUUAACAAGAAAAAAGGUUUUACUGGAAAAAGCACGAUCAAAAUUUGAGGGUAAUUUGGAUGAAGAAGAGAACUGCUUAUAUGAAAUUACUGUGAAAUGCCUUGAGAAGGACAUUCGAGAUACGAUAGAGAAAUAUGAUUUGUGUAAAACUCGCUUUGAUGAAUUGGACAUGAAUAUUUCUAAACUUCGGAAGUCUGGAAUCACUGAAGUGUUCAUGAACCAGUCGGAUCGUAGAAAAUUCAAUUUUUAUCUUGCGUGUUUGGAGUUGGCAGUCGGAGCACCUUUGAACUUAUGUUCUUCGAAGCUCUCGCAUCUAGAUUGUAACAAACAGUUUCCGGGUUCUUUCAUCUGCUUGGCAGAAGGUUUAUCUGCGUUAACUGAUGCUUUGGCGAGUGAUUUGGAUAUCCAGACUAAUUGUGUGGUGAACUCUAUCGCCUAUGGCUCUGAUGGCGUCAAAGUGAGAUUUGAACAUCAGAACAACUACAAAAAGGAGUUGUGCGAAAUUGUGGGAGACGCCUGUCUUUGUACUUUGCCGUUAGGCGUGUUUAAAGCUGCUCUUCAUGGUCGUAAGCCGUUACUUUUUGAUCCACCAUUACCUGAAUGGAAAACUCAUGCAAUAUCUGCAUUGGGUUUUGGAAAUAUUUGCAAAGUAAUACUGAUAUUUGAAAAAAAGUUCUGGAAAUAUCCUAUUUUUGGUCGGGUUAGUGAUGAAAGUCGCGGCUAUUUCCAUCUUUUCUAUGCUCCUUAUGAAGUUCCUGUUUUAAUUGGCAUGAUUUCUGGGGAAGCUGCUUAUAAGGCCGAUAAAAUUGGUAACCCCGAUACUAUUGUUGAAGAUGCAAUGUCUUUAUUGAAAAAGCUAUUUGGAGAUGAUUGCCCUAAAGAACCUAAAGACGCAGUGGUGACAAGAUGGGGUACUGAUUCGUACACUCUCGGCGCUAAUGCUUACUAUACUACGAAUUGCAGAGGGGAUGAACCCGACAAGCUUGCUGCUCCAUUAGAAGAUGGUGACGGUUUUUUGCGACUGUUUUUUGCGGGAGAGCAUACAAGUAUCGAUCAUAUGGGAACGGCUGCUCAAGAGUUAUUUCUUCUCUUCGGCUAUGGAGUAUUGUUGUUAUGUGGCGAGACUUGUGGUGAAAGCACUGAGCAGAGUCGAUUGACGGACAGCAUACGUGUUCAUAAAAUACAGGUUUUGAAGAGUACUCGAGAAGUUCUUGUUAUUACGCUGCACUCGCACUUGAAGGAUGUAGAGGACACAACUUCAGGGCAAAAAAACACUUUAGCAUCGUAA